AUGGACGAGUACGAAGUUUUCCGUCGUCUUGCUACACACCCUUUCUGCUCUGCAACGAUGGAGAUGCUGCAAUGCGCUUUGCGGCUCAUUCGAAGUCGCUACCCGCUGGCGUUCUGCCACGACGCAGAACGGACAGCCGUAGAGUUCCCACCAAGGGAAAGUUUCUCCCAGCAGGAAAACAUGCCAUUCCAUAUUACCGACGAAUGGAUCAACUACAUGCAGACUGUGGGAUGUUCUAUCAAUACCGCAAAACUAGGAGUCACUCCAUCGUUGUGGCGUCUUGCCCAAGAUGAUCACGUAGAUGCCGAUGUAAUCACCGAUUAUCUCCGGCUACUGCGGUCAUCUUACCCCUCUUUCCGCUUUCAAGAUCCCAUCCAUAUUACGUCCAGCACCAUCGAAAACCUACCAGGGCUUUGGGGAACGCCAGACGUCACAACGCUCGUUCCAUGCAGCUACAACAGGACAUGGUUUGCCGCCAUUGCCUACACAGAUUGUGUGCAGUUGUACGGCCUAGACGUUGAAAAUGGCUCAAAAAUAGAGCAGCAGCUCCAAGUCUUGUUUCCUCGUCGUUUGAUUCGUUUCUCCCAGCCUCUCCUUGGGGCGCGUCUCGAAGAUUCGGGGGUGCUGAUGCUUUUGAGUAUGCGAUUUCUGGCCGACGGAGGGGUGCCGGUGCAGCUUGUCGACCCCAUAUUUCUCCGGAACGCGAGAGCACGACUGUUCAUGGAAAUGUUGAUGGAAAGCCUGAACGUGAAGGAUUCUGAUGUUGUCACCCGCAUUCAGGAAGCACAAGCAGAAAAUUCUGUCUUCUUCGACGAUGCUUUCAUAUGCGAAGGCAACGAUCUCUCACCGGCACGCUCGGGCUUCACAGCUGACAUGGAAGACGGCGGCGAUUUUACGUUCGAUGCCUCUCCUGGGCCAGCAAGCCGGUCUUCUCUAUCGGCCGAGGAACGCCCCUUGUCCAGAGAACGGACUUGUGAAGCGGGGACAAUUGCGUCGGCACAAGCCCCGCACAAUCCAUCGUCGUCCUCGCAUCCAACCGGCCCCCCCAAUGAAAAGCUCACGUCGCUGCGCAGCGGUCGGGUCCUCGACAUGACGAUGCCGAUGAUGCCGAUGAUGCCGCCAGAAAUGUCCCAGCAGUGCAGGACCAUUCUUGACAUAUUGAGCGAGGCCGUGGCUUUUUACCGAAGUGUUCGCAUGUCAGAAAGCUCUGAACUGUCAGUGAUAUGGUCUGCCAUCAAGAACGGCUUCAAGAGCGAGUUCUACCGCCGUUACAGUGGCGUGCUGUUUUACCGGCAGAUGGCCCGUCUCGGUAGUGACAAAGACGUCGCCAAAAAAAUCAAGAUCAGCAUUUCCAAGCCCGAAAUAAAAGAAAUGAGGUCUCUCCAGUCACGGUUUGAAAUCUGGCACGAUAUCUGCCAGCUGCGCCACGAGUGGGGGUCCGCUCAGUAUGUGCUUCUUUGUGUUCUGCCAGAAAAGCCACAUUUAGAGCGUAUGAGAAAAAAAGAGCGGCAAGAUCAGCUCCAGCAGGUCCGCGAGCGGCUCGAUAAUACGCACAACGAGCUCUCGAGCUACGCAGAAGCUGCGAAAGCGCUAUGCACAGCUUUGGUUCAAGGCAGUCUCCCAAGAUACCGACUGAUGAUUGAAAACUAUCAUCUGAAGGCAGACCAAGAGUUAACACAGCCCGAAUUUGCUGCUUACGCAGGCCUCCAUCCGCGGCCAGCCAUUCCAAUCUCAAGGUUGGUGGGCUCUGGCUAG